UAUGUAGGUAUAUUUUGAAUAUACUCGAUACUCGAUAAAUGCCCAACAGACUGCGCUGUUUGAACAGCGUUGCCGUACAGUCGUAUGGAGUAAGCAUCGCAUCUAUAAACACAACGCGCAUGAAAUUAGUUCGAUCUACAGCGUUUGUUGUUAUUUUAAAACAUUCUAUUUUUCGGUGUAAAUACAUAUUUGCGCCAUGAGCGACAGCGACUCGGAUGACACAGAUCGCUAUCAUCCACAAUUAAUUCAAGGUUUGCGAAGGCUUCAAGGAUUAUACCCAACUCGGCAAGUCUUGUCAACCGCACUCGGGCUCAUUAUGGAGGCGCAUGAGAUGGCCGUCGUCGAAAGCGAUGAGGAUGAAGAUCAGGACGACGAGGAAGAGGGAGAGGAUGAAGUCAGGUCGGAUGAGGAGCUUGAGGAUGCAGCAGCAGAGGACGAGGGAAUUGACGACAACUCGGGUGAGGAGGCGGCAGAAGCAAUUGAAGAAGCAGCAGCAGAGGACGACGAGGAGGCUAAUGACCAAGAGGCUCCAGAAUCUGUUAAUUCGACUGCAGCAACGGCGGAAUCCGUCAAUCCUACUGAACCAGCAACAGAACCGGAAAACGAUGGACCCACAACAUCGCACAGAGCACAGCAGCUGCAGCAACAGCAGCAGGGAGAGGACAAUGUGAUCAAUCUAGAUUCGCCCUCGCCACCAAAGAAACGCAAGCGAUUGUCCGAGAUCGCUGGCAAAGUGACUGGAACGCCAGUAGCGCGGGAAUCAAUGAUUGACGAUGAUGAAGACAAUGGGAUGACAUGUCCGAUAUGUUUAGAGUCAUGGGAGAUGAGCGGUGAACAUCGUUUGGUCUCGCUAAAGUGUGGCCAUUUGUUUGGCGAAUCCUGCAUACGACGCUGGCUGAUAGAGAGUCAACGUCAGUCGGCGGUGAAGGUGUGUCCCCAGUGCAAGACGAAAGCAUCGGGCAGAGACAUACGGUGUUUGUAUGCCAAACGAUUGCGGGCCAUAGAUCGCACCGAGGAGCAUGACAUGCGUCGAGAACUGGACGCAGAGCGACGUCGUUGUCAGAGCCUAACCACAGAACUGGCCACCGUCAAAAUGGCGCACUCACUGACCAACAGCAAGCUCAAGUCAUUGCAGCUGGACUACGAUCGUUUGCGGCAAGUGGUGCGAGCUGGCGGCUCCGGUCGCGGUUGCUUUGACGAGGAUGGUGAGCUGAAGAGGGUGAUUAAUCCACUUACCUUGGCUAGCCAUCGUCUGUAUAUGGAGAAGAACUUUGAGAUAACACGCGAACCCGGCUGCCGUGUGCUUCUCUAUUCGGCAGCACAUUCCACGUUGAUUGCCUCGCAGAAGAGCGCACAGAACCUCUUUCCUGGCUUUGGAGUGCGUUUCAUCGAUCCGCUCAGCUUUAAGCCGUUGCAUUUUAUGCACACCUCGGCACAAAUGGUGCGUGAUAUGGCUUUCAGCGAGAGCCAACAUCUGUUGACCUUGGCCAGCCGCGAUGUGCGGCUGAAGACUUUCGACAUUCGGUCACGACUGUGCGCCGCCGCCUUCUCGGCCAACGACAAACAAGUGUGGGCCUGUGGCUUUGAUCGCAAUGAGCGUGAGCACUUUUUGUAUGCGGGUGACUUGCGUGGCGGCGUCUGCGUAUUCGAUGUACGCUUCCCGGAGACCAUACUUAGCGAGUUUCAAGCUGAUGAUAACUUUAGUCCUGUGAUAAACAUUGCUGCCGUGCCGGCGGGCAAAGUAUUUCCUAAUGGCGGCUUCCUGGUGUGCCAGUUGAGCGUUGUCAAGUUCUACGAGUAUAUCAAUGAGACGGCCGUUGCCACACGCCUUAAUGUGGAUGGUCCUUUUCUGUCCAUGCAAUAUGAUCCGGUGCAGGAGACGGUGCUAUUCUCUGUGCGCUCCAAUGCACAGUAUCCAAAGUCACGCUUCAUACUCGGGCAGCUGGAUAAAAUCGAUAGCACACCGGUGCUGCAGGUGAAGGCCACCAUAUUUGGUUCGCCUGCCACGCCGGUGAUGACACGUGCCACACAGCUGGGCAUGGGUGAGAAUACGCUGGUCGUUGGCUAUUUGCAGGACAACAAGCAGCUGAUGAUGUACGAUAUGCGGCGGCAGGAACGCGUCCAAACGAUGCCCGUCAAUGAGAUCGUCUAUGACAUCUGUCCCGUCACCACAUCGACGGGCACAUAUCUUGCCGGACUGACCGACAACAAGUGUCGCAUCUACAAGAUCAACAGUUCCACCAAAAAUUGAUAGCUUGCUGUGCAACUGUGACAAUUGACUGUUAUUAAGACCAUUAAGAUAAGCUAAGAUUUAGGAAUAGUUUUUGUAAGUCAAAUGCAGGUUGUCUACUGUUUUCUUGUGUCAUUUUAUUAUAAUUUCAUUUGUAUUACUUAAACAUUCUCAUGUUCGUUUCACACACACAAACUUUCAAUAUAUAAUUAUUACAUCUUUUUAUUCAUUUUUUUUUUUGUUAUUGUAUCACUUUACACACAGAUCGUGAACAUAAUGCUAAAUGCUAUAUAUGUUCUAUGUAUUUUGAAGAUGUUAUUUUUGAUUUCGAUUUCAAUCUCUAAACUUUGGGAAAUUACAUACAUGUACAAUACACACAUAUCGUAGUUUUGAGUAUAUUUUCUUUCGACAACAACAUAAUGAAUGUAAGAAAACAAAAAACUGAUGAUGAAAAUGCUGUGUUUACAUAAGUUAGAUAAAUGUUUGAUUAAUAUACAUACAUAUAUAUAAAGCUAUAGAUGAAUGUUGUAUUUUAUUUGUAUGGUAUUUUAAUGGGCUGUCAAUGGAUUGAUAGCGAUGCGAACUAAA